UCUGAGUUUGGAGUAUUUAGUGCGUCAGAAAACUGGGAGUCCCGAAAUACUUCAUGUGGCAUACUACAAUAAACUCGAACGAUACAUCCAACUUUUGGGGCAAGAUCCGCGUCAUAAAAGUAGCACUAGAAACAUGAUUGUAAUAAUAGUGGUAACUAGUAUCGCAUGCAUCACAAUCCCAACGGUAAGAAAAAUACGUCAAUCGUUAUAUAGAAAAGUAGAAAGGAUAAAAUGAGAAAACUAGAUUGAGUGAAUGCUACGUAAUAAAGCUAAUAAUCAGGUAAUGUGAUUAAACAAUUGGGACCUGCAACCGAUAGACAAUAGAGUUAUUUGCGUCCUUGCAUAGAAAGGAUAUGGAUGGAGUCAUCGAGUGUCUGUCAUAUUUUGUCACAUCUUCCACCAGUGCUGUUAAAGUAUUAAAUAUGCAUUUCAACAAACGAAAUUUCAGCAAAAUGUACCAGCUUGUGGCAAAACAAUGGGAGCAUCUGAAAUUAAACAACGAAUUGCACGUUCUAGAGAAAGUCGUCAUGCAAGGCAACAGGAUGGCGCACUUUUAUCGUAACACUUUAGUAUCUUUUAUGGUAUUGUUCUUACUGGUGCCACUAACUUCUCCAAUUCUUGAUAUUGUCCAUCCAAUAAACGGAACUCGAAAACGCCAACAACUACUAAGAGUUAAUUACAUAUUUUUCAACAGUGACGACUAUUUCUUUUACAUUUAUUUACAAUUAUUUUGGAGCACUGUCGUUGUGGUGCUCACCAUAGUAGGUGCAGAUUGGUUAUACAUGCUAAUAAUUCAUCACAGUAGUGGAUUAUUUGCAGUUUGUGGAUAUCAAAUUCAAAAAGCAACUGCGAAUCUAAAUUACUUUUCUGGUGAAAAAGAUUCUGAUAAUUCUACGUAUGAAAAAUUCCGAAAUUGCGUGAUGAUGCAUAAGGAAGCUAUACAGUUUUACAAUAUAUUGGACGAAAGCAGCCAAAGUAGUUAUUUAAUCCAGGUUGGAUUAAAUAUAUUGAGUAUAAGCACAGCAGCAGUUCAAACCGUGGUAAACUUGGACAGACCAGAAGAAGCAAUACGAAGUGCUGUAUUUUGUGGCGCUUGUCAAUUUCAUUUGUUUCUACUUAGUUUACCUGGCCAAGUGCUUCUGGAUCAUUCUUCUGAUUUAGCAGAUAAUAUUUACAGCUCCAAAUGGUACAAGGCACCCGUGCAAAUUCAAAAAGUACUAUACGUGAUGCAAAUAAGAUGCAGAAGGUUUUGUUCAUUGACGGCAGGUGGAUUGUAUGAAAUGAAUAUAGAAAAUUUCGGAAUAACCUUCAAAACGUGCAUAUCCUAUAUUACAAUGUUGAUGUCCAUGAAAGAUUGAAUAUGCAUUAGCUGUCGGAUGUAAUUUCAUCCACUGUAUGUUAUACACAGCUUUACCAAAUAUAAGAUUAGUAUAAUAAAUAGCUGACAUGUAAUACUGGACAUAUUGGAUGACAUUGGCGAAUAAAGAUGUAAAAACACACCCUU